CAGCGGUUGACAGAGGACAUUAACUAAGUAAGGUACAAGGAUUUUAUCCUUGGUAAGGUACAGGAAUUGAACUUCGUGUUUGAAUCCUGUUGUGGGUUUUGAAAUGACCCGCUGUACAAAAUUGUAGCAUUUAGUUCAUAUUAGUAUACAGAAGAAAAUACAGAAAUGCUGUUCAACCGGGGGUUUAAACGUCUUCUUGAUAUGGUUCCCGGGAGAAGGCGUUUUGGGAUAUACAGAUUUCUCCCAUUCUUUUUUGUGUUGGGAGGAACGAUGGAGUGGAUCAUGAUCAAUGUUAGAAUCGGGAAAGAAACUUUUUAUGAUGUUUACCGAAGAAAACAAGCAGAGAGGGAAUACCAGCAGAGAUUGGAGGAUGGACAGAUUGCUUCAACUGGGGAAACAAAUAAAUGAACGGUCUAAUCUG